AUGACGAUUGGAUCCUUGAACAGGAGCGGUCGGGUCAGAAUUGUCGUGGCCGGAGACCACGGCACCAGAAAAACCAGUCUAAUCAACACCGUCGCCGCCAAGAAAUACUCGGUGAAUGUGCCGGCUUUAUCGCCGCCGACGGUAGUUCCGGAGGAUUCCUACCCCGGGCGUGUUCCAAUUACAAUGAUAGAUACUUCCUCUCUUCCCCAGCAUAUUGGUAACGUUGCUAAAGAAUUGAAGCGGGCUGAUACAGUGGUUCUGACUUAUGCAUGCGAUCAACCGCAGACGCUUGAUCGAUUGAGUUCUUUCUGGCUUCCUCAAAUUCGUCAACUUGAGGUGAAGGUCCCAGUUAUAGUUGUGGGUUGUAAACAUGAUUUGAGAGAUGAAAACCAGCAGUUUAAUUUGGAGCAAGUGAUGUCACCAAUAAAGCAACAGUUUCCGGUGAUUGAAACUUACAUUGAGUGUUCGGCAUUGAGCUAUUUUCAGGUUCGUGAGGUUUUUAUCUCCGGAAGAAAACGCAUGCUCUAUCCGACGGAUCCAAUACUUGAUCAACAAUUACAAGUAAUGAAGCCUCGAUUUGAGCGAGCCUUGACGCGAAUAUUUGCUCUCUUUGACCGUGACCGAGAUGGAACUCUCAGUGAUACAGAGUUGAGCAAUUACCAGGCCAAUUGGUCCAAUACCCAUCUGCUGCCUUCUGAAAUUGUAGAGGCCAAGAGGCUUGUGCAAAAAUAUUGUCCCGAAGGAGUCAAUGACCAAGGGCUUAAUCUUGAAGGAUUCCUCACUCUUCAUUCAAUAAUUAUAAGUUCGAAGUGUUUCCCCACGACUUGGACUGUCCUCAGAAAAGCCGGAUACAAUAAUGCUUUAGAACUUGCAGAUGAACUUCUUCCAAUAUCUCCAUUGAAACGGACUCCUAAUCAGUGUGUGGAGUUGACAAAUGAAGCCAUUGAUUUCCUCAAAAGAAUGUUUGACAUUUUUGACAAAGAUAGGGAUGAAGCACUCCGUCCUUAUGAACUAGAAGAGCUAUUUUCUACUGCUCCGGAAAGUCCCUUUUCGAAAGCUCCUUAUAAGGAUGUGGUAGAGCAAAAUGCAAUUGGAGGGCUCUCACUUGAUGGAUUCUUAUCACAGUGGGCUCUCAUGACACUCCUAGAUCCAGCUUUUAGCAUGAAGAAUCUAAUAUACAUCGGUUAUUCUGGUGAUAUUUCAUCUGCUAUCCGCGUGACUAGGAAGAGGUGUUUAGACCGAAAGAAGCAAGAAUCAAAAAGAAAUGUUUACCAAUGCUUUGUUUUUGGCCCUAAAAAGGCUGGAAAGUCUGCAUUGCUCGACUCUUUUCUUGGAAGGCCUUUCUCUAAUACUUACAAUCCAACCACUGAAGUGCGUUAUGCAGUGAACGUUGUUGACCAGCAAGGAACAAAAAAAACCAUUGUGUUAAAAGAAAUUCCUGAAGACGGAGUUAAAAAAUUCCUUUUAGACAAGGAAUCGUUGGCUGCUUGCGACGUAGCAGUGUUUGUUCAUGACAGUUCUGAUGAAUCAUCAUGGAAGAGGGCGACUAAGUUGUUGGUUGAAGUUUCUAGUCAUGGUGAGGAUACUGGAUUUAAGGUGCCUUUCCUCAUUGUUGCAGCAAAAUAUGAUUCGGUUUCAUUUGGAUUGGCCAUACAACAUCAUUCUACAAGGGUUAGUCAAUAUCUGGGAGUAGAAGCUCCUAUACCUAUCUGCGCAAAGCUGGGUGAUUUGAAUAAUGUAUUCUACAAGAUUAUAAGUACUGCUGAGCACCCUCAUUUGAGCAUUCCCAAAACUGAAGCUGUGAGAACUCGCAAGCAAUAUGACCGGCCGUCUAUUGCAACUCGCGAGCACUAUGACCGGCUGUCUAUUGUGUUUGAUUCAGGAUUAAAUGGUCGUAUAUACUUGACUGAGGGACUAUUGUGUUAA